AACCAUGGGUUUCCGGCUGCCUAGAAUUUCAAGCCCUAAGAGGAGUCUUAUUCAGUCACUAUCUAAUGGAAACGAGACAGCUUCAAAGACCUUAGAUAUCCCGAAAGGCUAUUUUGCAGUCUAUGUUGGAGAGAGCCAAAAGAAGCGAUUUUUUAUCCCAAUAUCAUACUUGAACCAACCUUCAUUCAUGGAUUUUCUGAGUCAAGCUGAAGAAGAAUUUGGAUACGAUCAUCCCAUGGGCGGUAUCACAAUCCCCUGCAGCGAAGACACCUUCCUUGAACUCACUUCGAGCUUAAGUGUGUGACUGAAUGAUGUAAAGCAAAAGGGAUCCAACUUCAGAUACAAAAAUGCAUUGGAAUUUCAGAUCAUGCUGUUGCGUCAAGAUGAAGAAGAGACAAGGCCAUGAUUGGUCAUCAACUGACUGGACUCACUAUUAUGUGAGUUUGAAGCUGCA